UCCGCUGUGGUCAAGUGGCGCACUCCGCAGGGACCUGACCCCUACGCCCCCACUGCGCCUCUAUCUGCGCCUUCACUUCCAUCAGGACACAACCCGGGCAUCCACAAUCCACUGGACUCCACAAUCACGUUUGGUAUCGAGCGGGAGAGGAGGACACAGGAGGGUCGAUAGCGCGUCCGAUUUACGAGCGCUCUGCCGGGAACGCACCGACAGCAUUGAUCCGUCAGAGCGGUACCGGCGAGAGGAAGGAGAGUUCCAGGAUGGCCCUGCUCCAGCUCUGUGCCCCCCUGCUCCUGUUGGCUCCAGCCUGGGCCUCCAAACCUUCAUACUGGGACAGCAUCAUGUCCGCUCACUCCGCUCUGAGGAUGCUGAACAGUCCUCUGCGGUUCGAGCCCUGCUGUCUGUAUGCUCCGCCCCCUCCUCCUCUGUUCCCACCCCCUCCUCAGCUCUGGAAGAGGGGACGUCCAGAGGGAGGCAGCUUGCUGGAGCCUGCUAUCACUUUCCACACUGAAGAGGAGGAAGCCCCUGAGGAGCCCCUGAAACCCAGAUCAGGAAGUCCAGGGUGUGCCCAAGGACCUCCAGGACCCCCAGGACCCCCAGGACCUCAGGGGCCAGAGGGUGACAUGGGGCUGCCUGGAAUCCGCGGACCCAAAGGGGAAAAGGGAGAAAUUGGACGCCCGGGGUCAAAGGGGAGAACUGGAGCUCCAGGGCUUCCAGGAAAGCAGGGUCUACAAGGCUGGCCUGGUCCAGAAGGGCCCAAGGGAGAGAAGGGUGACCCGGGGCUGAUGGGACUACCUGGACUGCGAGGACCCCCUGGGAAUAAGGGUUUGCCUGGAUACAAAGGAGAUAAGGGCGCUCAGGGAGAUCCAGGAGCCGCGGGAACAAAGGGUGAUAAGGGCUCCAUCGGCCUCCCUGGGAUGCUAGGACAGAAGGGGGAACAGGGACCAAAGGGAGAGCAAGGUGUCCCAGGAAAGAGAGGGCCCACGGGACGUCCGGGGAAACGUGGCAAACAGGGGUUUAAGGGUCAGCCAGGCUCCCCAGGAACCAUGGGCCCCCCAGGACCACCUGGGCCUAAUGGACAUCCUGGCCCCCCAGGACCCCCAGCAUCAGGCCUGUAUCUUGUCGGGGAAAAAGGAGAAAAGGGUCUUCCGGGACCACCAGGCCGCUGCCAGUGUGACUCCUCUCCCACAGUGAACAGCGCCCCCUUUGGCAACUACAGGCUCCAUGACAGUUCCAGCAAAGUGCCCGCUAUUUUUGUGGUGAACUCGGAGGAGGAGAUGAACCGUCUGCAGGGGGAGAAUGCUAUAGCCAUCAGGAAGGACCAGAGGACGCUAUACUUUAAAGACAAAGACGGAUGGAAGCCUUUACAGCCAUUCCAGUCGUACCAGUCCACAGAGAAGGGCCCGGAGCGAGUGGGGGUGUGUGGGGACGGGAAGGUGCAAGCGCAGCACGGAGAGGAAUGUGACGAUGGCAACCAGUUCGUCAGCGACGCAUGUCUCAACUGUAAAUGGGCGUACUGUGGAGACGGGUACCGGCAUGAGGGCAUGGAGGAGUGUGACGGGAAGGACUUUGGGUACCAGACGUGCAAGUCCUACCUGCCCGGGUCAUUCGGUCAGCUCCGGUGCACUGACACCUGCCUCAUAGACUCCACCGGCUGUAAGUACUUCACAUGAACCAAACCAAGGACUCACACUGCUGAUUCUGCCCAUUGGAGCUCCCCUCGUCGGGCAUAGGGAGUACACCACUCCCCUCCUUUCUGCGAAGGCUGUGGAUCGCACCAGAGCAACAUGGCUGCUGCACUGUUACACCCAAAGGACUGUUUUAUCCUCAAUGUGUAUGACUUGCUGACUGUUAAAACAAUAUAAGCUGUUUUUAGUAGCAAAAAAUAUGGAUAUAUGUAUAUGUUGAGUGACAGUGAGUUACCAAUUACAUACUUAUUAGAGAUGCACUGACUACGCAUUUUCAAUACCCAUACUCAUUUUGAGUUUUGAGUGGAAAA